UGUACUGCGGUCUCUAGCAUCAUCCCGCCCCAAAAAGGCGAUUUUAGUCAUCACUUGAUCUCCACUCAGCCGUCAUGUGUCUCGGUGAGGCCUAGGCAGCCGACGAUGUCAAUAAAGGCCCGCCCCCAGGAAAGUAAUCGAGUAUGCGUAUCAGAUAGUUCUUGUUUUCGGUUCAUUAGAUUCGGUGCCGCACGCAACCGGCACCAUGUCAGUCAGUAUUGAAACCGUGUGGACUGUCCUUGUCGCCACCAUCGAAUUGUGCGGGGAAAUACGCCAUGCGCCCGAUGUGGUAAAAGAUGUCAAGAAGGCUACCAAACGAGUACAAACCCAGAUUGGGGAGAUCAAGAGAAUGAUGGCCGAUCCAAACUCAUCGUUCUCUACCGCCAACGCUAAAAUAAAAGACUUGAUCCAAGGAUGCCUGAAAGACAUUGUGGCAGGCACUUCCGUUGUGAAGGAGAUAUUGGGAGAGCGUAAACAAAUCCCGUGGUGGGAAGCAUUGAGCUACCUCUUCUGGGUUACCCAGCGGUUGCCCAAACUUCAGGACGUUGUAACCAACUUCAAUUACUUGCAAAGUCAGAUUGCAAAUGUAGUGACAACGUUUAUCCUUACAACGACCUUAGACAAGCAGGCUAGACUUCUACGAGAUACCAAAGCAAAGUCCGAAAAGAGCGCAAAAGAUCAAAAAGCCGUUCUGGAGCAGAUCCAGAAAAUGAUGGCGGCUGACAAAAAGAAAAAAGAAGAGGAUACGGCAAACAAGGCCGCGAGGGAAAUGAAGAAGAAAGAUGAUGCAAUCAAGAAGCUUGAGAAGGAGCUAAAGAAUGCAAAGGAGGCGCAUGAUAAGAUUGUGCUUGAGGCAUCAAGGAUUACGAAGUGGGCCGAGGAUAACAAAAAGGAUGUGCUUGAAGCAGCUCUCCAUCCUGAUGCUGAGAGCAGGGAUGCUUUGGUCAAGCAGCUGGUUGGCAUCGGUCUGAGACAGAAAGAUGCCGCUGCAAAGGUGGAUGAACUGCUCAAAAAUAUCAGGAAAGAACGUGGUCGUACGGCAUCAUGGCGUUACCAGAAGCAAACCGAAAUGCCGAAUAGUAAGACGACAGAUGGAAAAGGGAACCAGAAGCCAAACGUGAAAGAGAAGGCCAAAGACACGAAGAAAGAUGCGCUUGAAGCAGGGAAAGGCGGUACGGGUAAAGACUCCGCCAAGUUGAAGAACGGAACCAAGGGCGAGCUCUCUCAAUUGCCUCUAAAGAAUGAGACAAAGAAUAAUGGUCUAAAGACGCCAGAUUCGAAAGCAAACGAUGCGACUGAAAACCUAUCCAAUACCGGGUCGAAGCAAAACACUAUAGGUACCAAGCAGACCCCCGACAAGAAAACAGAACGUACUUGCAUACUAUUUGUCGACUUCUCGAAUGGAGCUCGGUCGAUAAUGGCGCAGGCCUACCUUGAAAUCAUCCGCAAUUGGACCAUGAACACCCAAAAGCGAUGGCUCUUCGAGCAUGUCGACUCGGCAGGCAUAGCCAUCCCGACGCCAUUCAACCAAGUUGAUGCGUCCGAAAAGAAAUGUAAACCCGGCGUCACAGUUAGUGACGAAGCCAUCGCAGCCAUAGGCGGAGACGAGCAGCACUUCCAAGCGAAAGAUCCCGAUGAGAAGCAGAUCAUCCUCGACAGAAUGCGCCAGCACAAAUCUCGGGGUCUUGUGGCCAGCGACUUUAGUCGGUUCCAUCACAUCGUGUGUUUCGUUGAGAAUCACCAAAAACUCCUGGAGCAGCUCAAAUUAGCGGCCAUCGCCAACAAAAAAGACAAAAUAAUAUCCAAAAUCCACUUUCUAGGGUCAUGCGGGUGGUACCAAGGCAAUAUGAAUAAGGACAUGGCUCAGUUAUUGAAACUGCGUCUUGACCUCGAGCCUAUGAUUGAAAGGUUUCUGGUUGACCACUAUGGAUGGGAAAAACCAACUCUGUCUAUUGCUCUGGGGAGGUGGCGGACAUUGCAGGUGGUCGUAACGGUGAAAGAAGCCGAGAAGCUGAAGAAUGAGGGGAGCAAAGAGAUCAAGAAACUGGGAUGUAGAGUGCAUCUGACGACUGAGCGUAAAAAUGAUAAGACGACGACCCUCGUGUCUGUGUCGGGACCUGAAGGAGUGCUGGAAAAUGCUAGGAAGAUUGUGGUUGGAUAGAGCUGAGUGACGAUAGAAGUAGAUAGAAUUGCCGAAAUAAAGAUGCAGAGGGGUUGGUGACGUC